ACGAGCCGGCGGAAUAACCCGCCGACGCCAGUAGGUGCAGUGCACAGAAUCACUCACGACAGACGCUUCAUCGUCUCAGUGAGCCGUUCGCCACAUAAUUUUUUUCCAUCACUUUCAUCUGCUUCUUUCGUCGACGCCCACAACCUAAUCAUCAACCAUGCGGGAAUGCAUCUCUGUCCACGUUGGCCAAGCCGGUGUGCAGAUGGGCAAUGCAUGCUGGGAGCUGUAUUGCCUGGAACACGGUAUCCAGCCUGAUGGCCAGAUGCCCUCAGAUAAGACCAUAGGUGGCGGUGAUGACUCCUUCAACACCUUCUUCAGCGAGACUAGCUCAGGGAAACAUGUGCCGAGAGUUGUCUUUGUUGACUUGGAACCAACUGUAAUAGAUGAAAUUCGUACGGGUACCUAUAGGCAACUGUUCCAUCCGGAACAGCUUGUGACAGGCAAGGAGGAUGCAGCCAACAACUACGCCCGUGGUCACUACACCAUCGGCAAGGAGAUUGUUGACCUUGUGCUGGACCGCAUCCGCAAGCUGGCUGACCAAUGUACUGGUCUUCAAGGUUUCCUCAUUUUUCACUCGUUCGGUGGCGGCACCGGGUCUGGCUUCACAUCAUUGCUCAUGGAACGUUUAUCGGUUGAUUAUGGCAAAAAAUCUAAGCUGGAGUUCUCCAUCUACCCGGCUCCUCAGAUAGCCACAGCAGUUGUGGAGCCUUAUAAUUCCAUCCUUACCACCCAUACCACUCUAGAACAUUCAGAUUGCGCUUUCAUGGUCGAUAACGAGGCCAUCUACGACAUCUGUCGCCGGAACCUGGAUAUCGAGCGCCCUACCUACACCAACCUCAACCGCCUCAUCGGUCAGAUCGUCUCCUCCAUCACCGCCUCCUUGCGCUUCGACGGCGCCCUUAACGUUGACCUGACAGAGUUCCAGACUAACCUGGUGCCCUACCCCCGCAUCCACUUCCCCCUGGCCACCUACGCCCCUGUCAUCUCUGCUGAAAAGGCCUACCACGAGCAGUUGUCCGUGGCCGAGAUCACCAACGCCUGCUUCGAGCCAGCCAAUCAGCUGGUGAAGUGCGACCCUCGUCACGGCAAGUACAUGGCCUGCUGCAUGCUGUACCGCGGUGAUGUUGUUCCCAAGGAUGUCAACGCUGCCAUCGCCAGCAUCAAGACCAAGCGCACCAUUCAGUUCGUCGACUGGUGCCCAACUGGUUUCAAGGUGGGUAUCAACUACCAGCCUCCCACAGUGGUGCCUGGCGGUGACCUGGCCAAGGUGCAGCGCGCCGUGUGCAUGUUGAGCAACACCACGGCCAUCGCCGAGGCCUGGGCUCGUCUUGACCACAAGUUUGACCUGAUGUACGCCAAGCGAGCCUUCGUGCACUGGUACGUGGGGGAGGGCAUGGAGGAGGGCGAGUUCUCCGAGGCACGUGAGGAUCUGGCAGCCCUGGAGAAGGACUACGAGGAGGUGGGAGUGGAUUCUGCUGAAGCCGAAGGUGACGCGGAGGGCGAAGAGUACUAACUUCCAAGAGUACAAAGCAUCUCAGAUGUGUAUAUACAUCCGCACAGUUCCAAAAAAAAUAAAGUCUUGCACAAGAUCUCUUUCAUACCAAUUCCUGGUGUACAUCAAGAAACAUUGCCUAUUUGCAGUAUUAAAGUACUUGUGUACCUUUUGCACUGAAGAGGUUUGAUAUUGCAAGUAUUAAAUGAUUCUUGGAAACUGAAA